UUCCAUUGCAGACAUUGCAGAGAAGUAAAUGAAACGUCAAAGAUACGUGCAAAAAAAAAUUUUAUCUCUGAAAAAGAAAAUUACGAAAAACUAUCAAAUUCGUUUUAAGAUCAUAAUUUCGAGUGUACAAACUGACGGACUCCACAGACACAAAGUAUUGCGAAUGUUUGCUCCGAAUAUUGAACUGAAAUAAGUAUUCGAAAGCCAGCACAAAAAGGAAAAUGUUCAACCACUAACAACAAAAUCCGAUCAGAAUGCUCCAAUGAAUCAGUAUUUAGAAGAAAAUAUUGCAAAUAAAAGGACUAAGCAGAAGGAAAGUUUAACGAAAUGGAUGAUUUAACUUCAGAAGACAUAUGCAGAGUAUGUCGCUGUAAGGGCGAAUCCGAUCUCUUCCACCCGUGUAUCUGCCAGGGAAGCAUAAAAUUCAUUCAUCAAGAAUGUCUGCUACAAUGGAUGAGAUAUUCACGAAAGGAAUAUUGCGAACUAUGCGGCCAUCGGUUUUCGUUUACUCCAAUUUAUUCCCCCGACAUGCCUAGAGUGUUGCCGUUGGCUGACGUUGCCGGUGGUCUGCUGAAUUCGGUGGGAACGGCUGUUAAAUAUUGGCUUCACUACACAUUGGUCGCAUUGGCAUGGCUGGGCAUUGUGCCACUCACAGCCUAUCGAACUUAUCGAUUUCUAUUCUCUGGAUCGCUAGAGUCACUAAUGUCGCUGCCGUUCGAAAUGUUUUCGAUGGACAAUAUUGCCGCUGAUGUUUUUCGGGGAUGUUUUGUGGUGACAUGCACGUUGUUCGGCUUUAUCGGCUUGGUUUGGCUGAGAGAACAGAUUGUGCAUGGUGGCGGUCCGGAUUGGCUCGACGAAGAAGAACCGGUCGUUGAAGCUGCUGAGGUACAUCCAGCACAUCCUGCUGAACCAGCUAACGUUGCUGAAGAUGACGAUGAGCUGGUUCAACUCGUUCAGCUGGAGAACAACAAUAACAUCAACAAUAACAAUAACAACAAUGAAGUAAAUGUUGCCAAUUGGAUCGGCGAUGGAGAGGCACCAGAUGAAGAACCGCCUAUUGAUCGACCAAUUGAUCCGGCUGAACCCCCUGCAGCAGACGCCAAUGAACAAGAAGGCGAGCCCGAACCACCGGGCGAAGAAGCUAAUUGGAAUCCAAUGGAAUGGGAUCGAGCAGCGGAAGAGUUGACAUGGGAACGAUUACUCGGUCUCGACGGUUCGAUGGUGUUUUUAGAACAUGUAUUUUGGGUUGUCAGUCUGAACACAAUUUGCAUUUUCAUUUUUGCAUUUUGUCCAUUUUCGAUUGGCAACUUUGUCAUUGCUUUUACCGGACUGAUUCGUCAAGGAAAACCAUUGAUGCAUUUUCAUGGUUUACUCACAACGCUCGUUGGAUAUUGCAUCAUCGGCAUCACUCUAUUACAGCUUCAUGCUAUUGCAAAAUUCUUCAAGCUGAGAAAGCCGCGACGAAUACUCGGAUUGUGUUACAUUGUGGUGAAAGUGUCGCUGCUUUCUGUUGUCGAAAUUGGCGUUUUACCGCUCGUGUGUGGGUGGUGGUUGGACAUAUGCUCGUUGCCCGUAUUCGAUGCAACAUUGAAAGAUCGAAAGAUGAGCUUUAAGGCCGCUCCUGGUACAUCACUGUUCAUUCAUUGGAUGUUCGGAAUGGUAUACGUUUACUAUUUUGCAUCGUUCAUCGUUCUACUCAGAGAAGUUCUGCGACCUGGAGUCUUAUGGUUUUUACGUAACUUAAACGACCCGGAUUUCAGUCCCAUUCAAGAAAUGAUUCACCUGUCCAUUUUGCGUCACACACGGCGACUGAUCGCAUCAGCGAUAAUUUUUGGAUCAGCCGUCAUGCUGAUGCUGUGGUUGCCAAUUCAAAUUCUAAAGACCCUGUGGCCAACUUUCUUGCCGUACACUUUAUCGGGUGAUUCAGAGGUCAAUGAACUCAGUCUACAGCUAUUGUUGUUGCAGAUAAUUCUACCCGGAUUCUUUGAACAAUCCCACACUCGUAUAUGGCUGAAAGGAUUAAUUCGCCUGUGGUGUACCGUCGUAUCUUGGUGCCUCGGUAUAAAAAGCUAUCUUUUGGGCACUGAAACCCGUCCAAACGAAGACGAAGUUCCGCCUCGUGCUCCAGAACAUGGACAAGGCCUAGGAGCCGCUCAUCAGGCGUUGCUUCAACGCGAUGUACCCGUUGGCUUUCAACCGUAUGAACGUCCGACAAUGUUCGUAUUUCGAUUGAUUGGUUUGAUCGUUUUGAUGUGCAUAAGUCUGGUCAUUGGCUCGUUGAUAACGUUAACCAUACCGGUGUGGAUUGGUAGACACGGCAUGUCAAUUUGGAGCAUAGGAAGUCACAUAAAUCACCAUAUCACACACACAACAGAGUCAACCUCACCGACCACAGAAGAGUCACAGUCGCCUACAAGACCGCACGAACUGUACACAGCCGCACUUGGUAUAUAUUUGUGUUGGGUAUUGUCCAGAGGCAUAUCGGUUGCCGUGAAUCUGUUUCCCCAAGGCAGAGCAGCCGUUGUCGAAAAACUGAAGCAUUGGAUCAAUAUUGGCGCAUCAUAUGCAAUGGCCACAAUUAUAUUUGUCCUGAUGCUGGGUGUCGUUCCUUUGUUAUUCGGAUUGUUAUUGGAAUUAGUUGUGAUCGUGCCGCUACGUGUGCCAUUGGAACAGACACCAAUACUAUUUCUAUGGCAAGACUGGGCACUGGGUGUUUUGUAUACGAAAAUUGCCUGUGCCGUUACACUCAUGGGACCUGAUUGGGCACUGAAGCGAGCAAUCGAUCGUGCAUACCGUGACGGCAUUCGUGAUAUCGAUCUGAGAUUCAUCAUCAUCUCGCUGGCUAUUCCAGUAAUAACAUGCUUCGGUCUAUCGUUAGCCGUUCCGUAUGUGAUAGCCCACUCAAUUAUGCCAAUUUUCUUCAAAAACAAAAUGACCAGAUUGCUGAUCGUGCGUCGCAUCUAUCCGUUCUUUUUAAUGAUUGCGGUGAUCAUUGCCAUCGUUAUCUUUCAAAUAAGACAAUUCAAGAAAUUGUAUGUGGCAAUCAAAAACGAUAAAUACUUGGUGGGUCAACGACUGGUGAAUUAUGAUCACAGAAAAAAGAAAUUGGAAGCUGCAGCAGCGGCCAAUGCAUUGAAUCGUUAGGAGUGUAGGGAAUGUUUUUUUUUUCAGUCGAUAAGUUUGGGAUGUUUUAAAUCAUUGGAUUGGCACUUGAAUUUAUUGUUAAUAAAACCAUCUUGUGAUGUAAAUUUAAACAAAAA